CAUACAUACUUACAAGGGAAAUCCACACCUUCCUCAUCAACACAUUAUCAGCGGUCUAGCAAAAGUAUAAAACAUCGGAAUUUAAGACAUGAGCAUCAGAGCACUACAACAGUCUUUGCAACGACAAUCAGAACGCGACACAAAGUAUUCAGCUAUCAGCUAAUAACAAAUUUUGUCAAAAUGCAGAAAAUCGUACUAUUUGCCGGCAUCAUCUGCGCGUUUUGCCUUUUCAAUGCUAACCAAGCUGCUCCUGCUGACACAGCUGCCCACGAAGCGGCAGAUGACCAACUGGCCCUGCUGGAGCAGGUUCCUGCUUUGGAGUUAAGUCGUGAUAAACGUGCCACAUGUGAUCUUCUAAGCGGUUUUGGACUUAAACACACUGCAUGUGCAGGACAUUGUUUAGUUCGUGGCAAUCGAGGCGGUUAUUGUAAUGGACGUGGCGUGUGUGUGUGUCGCAAUUGAGAGUAUGCUGCUGGAAACUGAGUUAAUAACUCACCAUUUUAAAAUAAAAUUAUAAGAAUAAAAG